GUAGUUAAUUGGCAGGCACUACUAGUUCAAGUCGUCCUCAACGUUCCAUCACCCACUCCCGCCCUCCACGUCACGCGCCGGAAAGUGGGAGUUCCAUCCUUUCCCGGCGACAAUUCCUCUCGCUCCUUCUCUCUCUCUCUCUCUUUCUCAGCUGUUCAUCAGAAAUAUAUUUAUACUCAGCUCUCCCACAUACAUCCAAAUCGUCCGCACCCCAACAUUGUCUCCUCUUAAUUUUUUUUUCAUCGUUCCUGUCAGAGAGAGAAGAGAAGAGAAGAGGUGAGAGAGAGGGAGACUUGUGAGAGCAUGGGUUCGGAGCUGAUCUACAGGGGACACGAGUCCCAUCCGGCCACCGACGAGUACUUUCCCAAACCCCCCAAGCCUUGGCUCAGCGUGAUCCGCCCGAUUCGUUACAUGCUCCGGGAGCAGCGACUCAUCUUCGUAUUCGUCGGCAUUGCCAUAGCCACUCUUGUCUUCGCCCUCCUCCCUUCCUCCUCCAAUUCCCCCUAUUACAAUACCGGGGGCGGUUACAAUUACAAUCACGGCGGUGGCAGCAGCCUGGAGUCCAUCACAUCCGGGUCGUGGAAUCCCCAUCGGAUGGCCUACCAGAACCAGCUGGGAGGGUUCAAUUCGGGCGGGAAAAUUCCUCUGGGGCUGAAGAGGAAGGGGCUGAGGAUCGUGGUGACGGGCGGGGCCGGGUUCGUGGGGAGCCAUCUGGUGGACCGUCUGAUGGCGAGGGGAGAUAGCGUGAUCGUGGUGGAUAAUUUCUUCACGGGAAGGAAGGAGAAUGUGCAGCAUCACUUGGGGAACCCUAGAUUCGAGCUCAUCAGGCACGACGUCGUCGAGCCCCUUCUGUUGGAGGUGGACCAGAUCUACCAUUUGGCUUGCCCUGCUUCUCCUGUCCAUUACAAGCACAAUCCUGUCAAGACUAUUAAGACGAACGUGGUGGGGACUCUGAACAUGCUGGGACUGGCAAAGAGAGUGGGAGCCCGGUUUUUGCUAACCAGCACCAGCGAGGUGUACGGCGACCCUCUGCAACAUCCACAAGUCGAAACCUACUGGGGCAAUGUCAACCCCAUCGGUGUCCGAAGUUGUUACGAUGAGGGAAAGCGGACUGCUGAAACGUUGACAAUGGACUACCACAGGGGUGCCGAUGUUGAGGUGAGGAUUGCUAGGAUCUUUAAUACCUAUGGACCUAGAAUGUUUCUUGAUGAUGGUCGUGUUGUCAGCAAUUUUGUUGCUCAGGCCUUGAGGAAGGAACCAUUGACAGUUUAUGGUGAUGGGAAACAGACCAGAAGUUUCCAAUACGUUUCAGAUCUGGUUGAGGGUCUUAUGCGCUUGAUGGAAGGAGAACAUGUAGGGCCUUUCAAUCUUGGAAACCCUGGUGAAUUCACCAUGCUCGAACUCGCUCAGGUGGUACAAGAAACUAUUGAUCCAAAUGCUAAGAUUGAGUUCAGGCCAAACACAGAGGAUGACCCGCACAAAAGAAAACCAGAUAUCUCAAAAGCGAAAGAGUUUCUUGGUUGGGAGCCCAAAGUACCACUUAGGAAGGGUCUUCCUUUGAUGGUUGCAGAUUUUAGGCAACGCAUCUUUGGUGACCACAAGGAAGAUGGCACCUCAACGGCGUGAGUUUCAGCAGAGCGCCUGUGUGUUAGUGCUGGACGAGCCCCUUGACAGAGGGAAAUAUGCUGGACGAGACUCUGUAUUUUAGUGCCUGUAUGCUGCUUCGUGUAUCCAUGCCUAACUAGUUAUAGUCGGGGUAAUGGUGGGAAAAGUACGAUCCCCUUCUUGUCGCUUCGGUAUGGUACCUUAGAUGUAUGUCUUUUCCUGCAUUUUUGUAAUUUUAAGUGCCCUACUAUUGAUGCUUUUUGUAGACCACCGCUGCGCAGUAUCUGCAUCAGUUGCAGCCUAUUUUUUCAUGCUAUUGCAAUAGCUAAAUUCGAGUUUGCUUGUUGUACACUA